AUGUGCGAGGAAGAGAGUAAAACAAAAGAAGGCGGGAAGGAAUUUGAAAUAUAUUGUCCGAUCAAUCGUCCCGUGUGUGAGGAGGGAUAUGAGAUAGAGGAUGUUGAAUUAUCCGACCAUCUCUACAUAGUAGUUUCGAAAGUGCUUAUGUAUAGUGUAUUUGUGUUAACUGCUAUCGGGACUGUUCAGACGUAUUUUGGCCGAAGUGUUUUCAUGACCAUUUUUGGACUGAUUUCAUUUGCUCUUUUCCUUUUACUGACAUAUUGUCAUUAUAAAGCGAUCCACACAUCUCCGGGUGUUGUCAAAAACUAUGUACCCAAUUACCCUGAACAAGAGUUACAAGAUGCAAUCAAUCGCGUGAAUAUAGGUAUUAAAAAGGAUUGUAAAAUAUAUGACAUAUGUUAUCCUGUGAGGUGGUGUCCUGUGUGUAAUAGCUUCAGACCACCCCGUUCGUAUCAUUGUAAAAAGUGUGGGUGUUGUGUUGAGAAGCGAGAUCAUCAUUGUCCUUGGGUUAAUAGUUGUGUAGGGAAGAAUAACAUGAAAUUUUUCCUUCAGUUCAUGUUCUACGCGUCGAUCACACUCUUCUUUGCAAUAAUUAUCAACGGGUCAUCCCUCUUCCAUGCCAUUACGAAUAUGAACACACAGAGUGGAUUCAAAUGGUCUGUUGUAACUGUCAUAGUACCAUGUGCAGUGGGUACCGCUGUAUCUCUUGCUUUAUUCACCGGGAUAUUUCUUCUCUUUUUGAACUAUGUCUUUGUCAUAGGUCGCAAUGAAACAUCGAUGGAGUCCAUAGAGAUCUCCAAACUAGCUUUCAUGAACUCUGUUUCACGAGAUGUAGUAAAAGAGAGGUUACCAAAAUACACAAAAGGUGCAUGGAACAAUUUUAAGGAGGUCUUAGGUCCCACACCGAUCGACUGCAUUUGUGCUGCGACAUCACUGGAAGAACUCGGGUACUGGGACGGCGUAAAAGCACUUCGAAAGGAAUUCCCUUAUCUUGAUGGAAAUGUUUAUUUGGACUAUACAGCAGCGGGUCUCCAUCAAAUCUCUCAGUUAAAGGAUUUUUAUUACGACCUCGCAUCACACAUCUACGGAAACGCGCAUAGCAUCUCCCCGUCGUCGAAGUUAACCGAUGGGAUGGUGAAAAAGAUGAGGAAGAGAAUACUAAAGUACUUCAACGCGAAUGAAAAGGAAUACGACGUCGUCUUCACGAGUGGGGCGACCGAAGCUUUAAAGACCGUUGGAGAGAACUUCCCAUUCACUGAGGCAUCUGUCUUUUUAUAUCUGUUACAGAACCAUAAUAGUGUUCUUGGGAUUCGAGAGUAUGCGAGUAAAGCGAAUGCUACGUGGGGGUAUUUCACGGAGGACGACCCCGAACAACAGUGGAGAAGUGUCUUGAACAAAUUGAAUAACUUGAACACGACAAACGUGACGCACCAUUUGAUUGCGUUCCCCGGAGAAGACAACUUCAAUGGAGCCAAAUUCCCGCUUGACUGGAUUUGCAAAAUUCAGUCGUUGUCGAACGAGAAAAACAAAUUCUAUGUCCUCCUCGACGCAGCGGCUCUUGUCCCAAGCGCGCAACUCGAUCUGACAAAAUACCACCCGGACUUUGUGUCAAUCAGUUUCUACAAGAUGUUCGGAUUCCCAACCGGCGUAGGUGCGCUUAUUAUUAAGAAGGAGGUUGCGAAAGCAAUGAAGAUCUCGUAUUUUGGGGGUGGGACUGUAGUGAUGGCUGCUGCUGAUCGAGACUGGAAAGUAUUCCCCGACCAUCUUCCACCAAAGUAUGAAGCUGGAACGCUGAAUUUCCAUGGAAUACUCGGCGUUAAACACGGAUUCAAACACUUCCCAGACAUCAAAAUUAUUCAGAAACACACGUAUGCACUGACACGAGUAUUGUACACCGAGUUACUCAAAUUGGCGUAUUCGAAUGGGACAAAGGCAAUUGAAAUCUACGGAAAUCACAAGAAGGCGAAUUACGAGAAUCAGGGCCCUGUUGUGACAUUUAACGUGUUGAAUAGUAGACACACCUAUGACAACGUUUUCCCGAAGCACGUUCCUUUAUUGAAAAUCAAUCAAUUUUUGGCAGCUAAGAAUAUCCAUGUGAGAAUUGGAUGCACGUGCAAUCCGGGAAGUUGUUUGAGCAGCUUGAAUGUAACGAGUCUUGCUGCAAUUGCUGUGACAGACCCGAACACUUCAAUUGAUACAAUGCUUGAAGGUAAACAAUACGGUGCUGUAAGAGUUUCAAUUGGGUAUCCGACAACCAUCGGCGACAUCAGAAAGUUUGUGAAAACGAUGAAGGAGUUUAUCAAGUUGGUCGAGUAA